GUGGGUCAUAGCAACAGUAUUGUCCUCAUGGAGAUACAUGUGCAAUUCCGAGGUUUUUAAGUGUGCUUGUGAGUUUGUUGAUGUAUUUAAAAUAAGCACACACUAGUGCUCUACGUCGGUUUAUUGUUUAAAUGUUGGACUAAUGUUCGGUGGCCCAACAACGUUAGCUAGUUUGUUAGAUAAACCGGGCAUUUAAGACGGUUAGCCGCAUGAAGUUAACGUUAUCCAGCUCAUAGUCGAAAUCUUGGGUUGACUUUGUCGAGAUGAAGGGGAAACUGAAGCAGAAGAGCAAAAAGAAGAAGGGGAGUGAGCUGUUGCAGAAGUACAUGGUGUCCGUGGAUGAGUUUAUUAAAAGCAAGAGUGGUGCUGAAGAAGUGGAGGAUGGCCAUGACCAUGGCUUGAGAUUUGUGAAAAAGAAAAGCAGAAAGGAGCUUCGCAAAGAAAAGCGAAAAAUGAAAAAAGCCAAAAUGAAAAGUCAUUAUGAGGGUAAAAAGAUCCUCAGUUCACCCCUGGGUGAGGGUGAAAGCUCGGGAGUGACAGCUGAUAAACAGCAGCAGAAAAAGAAGAAGAAGAAAAUGGAAAAAGCAAAGAAAGAGAUGUCAAGUAAGCCCAGUAGUGCUCCUACAGAGAAAUCAGACAACUCUAAAACACCAGCACCCUCUAAGAAAGGCAAGAAAAUCAGUAAGCUACAAGAGUCAAGAAAAAAGGCACUUCUGGAAGCAAAUGAAGACGAGGACCGAGAGAUAAAGAAACUGGAGCGGUACUUGGGAUUAAACAAGAGAAAAAACAAGAAAAGUCUCCCUCAGUCGUUCGUGGCAGAUGGACUCGAUUACAUCCUUGGUAUGCUUGACUCUGGCUCCUCGGCCGUGGGGAUGUAUGAUGAUGAUGAUGACAUGGAAAUGGCCAAGGAGAACUUUGAAAAGCUCGAUGACUCUCAGCUGUCAGAUGAGAACGAAGAACAAGGAGAUGAGAAGGCGAGUGAGGGCAGUGAGGAAGAUAUGGGUUCAUCUGAUGAUGAAAAUGAAUUGGACGAGGAGGAGGCAGAGGAUGAUGAUGAUAAAAUGGUUGAUGAUGAGGAGGAGGAGGCAGAGGAGGAUGAUGAUGAAAUGGUUGAUGAUGAUGAUGAGGAGGAGGCAGAGGAGGAUGAUGAUGAAAUGGUUGAGGAGGAGGAAGCAGAGGAGGAGGAAAUGGAGGGUGAGAGUGAUGCUGCUGAGUCAAAUGAUGAAAAUGAAGAGGAAGCAGAGGAAGAUGCAACGACAUCAGACGCAAAGUCAGAAACUGUCAACACGACAGGUAAGUAUGUGCCACCUCACUUGCGAGGCACUGGAGAUGAUAAACGCAAAGCAGAGCUCGAAAAGCUGAAGAGGAACGUGAAAGGUCUGAUAAACAGGCUGAGUGAGCCCAACAUGGCAUCCAUCAGUGGUCAGCUGGAGGAGCUGUACAUGAGCUGCAGCAGGAAGGACAUGAAUGACACCCUGACAGACGUGCUGCUAGCAGCCUGCGUCACCCCGGCCCUGAUGCCAGACAGACUACUGAUGGAGCACGUCCUGCUCGUCAGCAUCCUCCAUAAUGCCGUCGGCUUAGAGGUCGGAGCCCAUUUUCUGGAAACAGUUGUGCGUCAGUUUGACGCUGUAUACAAGAACCCGACUGAAGGAAAGGAGUGUGACAACCUGGUCGCCAUCGUCGGUCACCUCUAUAACUUCCAGGUGGUACAUUCUGUCCUCAUCUUCGACAUCCUGAAACUUUUGAUCGGAGCCUUCACAGAGAAGGACGUGGAGCUGGUUUUGUUCAUGCUGAGGAAUGUCGGCUUCGCCCUGAGGAAGGACGACCCUCUGGCACUCAAGGAGCUCAUCGCUGAAGGCCAGCGCAAGGCCAACGACAUGGGGUUGAAGUUUCAGGAUCAGACCAGGGUGCGCUUCAUGCUGGAAACCAUGCUGGCUCUGAAGAACAAUGACAUGCGGAAGAUCCCAGGCUACGAUCCUGAACCUGUGGAGAGACUGAGGAAGUUGCAGAGGACUCUGAUUCAGCGGGUUGCAGGAGGCAGUGACAUGAAGCUGAGGGUUUCUCUGGACAACCUCCUGGCAGCAGAACAAGUGGGCCGCUGGUGGAUCGUCGGCUCCUCGUGGAGCGGGGCGCCCAUGAUCAACAAAGAAGGGACCGAAACCUCGAAACAUAGUACUGCAGAGGGACAGUUUAGUGCCAAGGUCUUGGAUCUGGCCAGGAAACAGAGGAUGAACACAGAAGUCAGACGAAACAUCUUCUGUGUGAUUAUGACCAGCGAAGAUUAUUUGGAUGCAUUUGAGAAACUGCUCAGGAUGGGCCUGAAGGACAAGCAGGAGAGGGAGAUCGUUCAUGUCCUGAUGGACUGCUGUCUGCAGGAGAAAACCUUUAAUGCCUAUUACGCCGUGCUGGGAGAGAAAUUCUGCUCCCAGGAUCGCCGCUUCCAGAUGACUUUCCAGUUCAACCUAUGGGACAAGUUCAGGGAGCUGUCCAACCUUCCCAGCAGCACCUUUAACAACCUGGUCCAGCUGGUUACCCGCUUCCUUCAGAGGAAGUGCCUCUCACUCUCUAUACUCAAAGCUAUUGAGUUUGGGGAACUAGAUAAGCCCACAGUGCGUUUCUUGCGUCAGGUUAUGACCAAACUGCUUAAAGAAACAGAUCCUGACGACCUCGCCAGCAUAUUUGGAAGGAUUUCAGGAAUUCCCAAGCUAGGAAUGCUACGGGAGGGCUUGAAGCUUUUCAUCAGCCACUUCCUGCUGAAGAAUGCCCAGUCACAGGGACCAGCUGAGCAAGCAGCGCUGCUGUCAGAGCGCGCUCGGGUCGCCACCAAAGCCAUGGAGGCCAAAGAGGCCAAGCUCAAACUGUAAAACACACACAGCCACUCACACCAGGAACGUGACAGACGAACGCAACACAACUGUGGAACAGAAGAUGGAUUGUUAGUGGGAAUUUUCUCUUCAUACAACGAACUGAACCUACAGCAUUCUUCAGAGAAAAAUAAAUGUUUUCUGAUAUUGAAUCAGUGUUUUCGAUUGUACAUAAUUUACACUCUGAAGAUUUUUUAAUCUGGAUGAUGCAGAACCCUGGAGAGAGAACAGCCUCAAGUGGCAAUCUGUAUAUUCUUUUUACUGCAGUGUUUAUUGGUUAGGUUUUAUUGUCCUGCAGAAAAUAGCAACAGAAUGACCAAUGCUUUGGAUAUUUUAAGUAUUUUACUUUCCAAAUACAUUGUACAUGAUGAUACUUGUAUAUUUGUUAAUAAAAGAAAAGGGGGAAAAACUCAACUCAAUAAAUAACAUUUUUGGAGAACCCAUUA